AUGAUAAAGGAAACGAUUCAAGUAUUUGGGAGACUGAAAAUAACACCAAAAGAAAAUCGACAGAUUUAUAAAAUAUCCAGAGGUGAAGAUAAUGAAAUUUUGUCCUUUGAUGUUGGAAUGCUUAGAAAGUCUGAUGGCUAUGUUGCCAGCAAAACAGAUCAAUUAAACUUCAAAUUUCGUCAUGUAUUUGAUCAAGACGUAGAACAGGAAGUGAUAUUUCAAACUGUUGCCCAACCUGUUAUAGAUAGGGUUCUGGUUGGAUAUAACGGAACAAUAUUUGCAUAUGGACAAACAGGCAGCGGCAAAACUUAUACGAUGACCGGUGGAGCAGAACAUUAUGGUCAGCAAGGUAUUAUUCCCAGAUCAAUAUGCUACAUGUUUGAUUAUUUUCAACAGACCGACGUCAACAACUUCCGUGUUUAUGUAUCGUAUCUGGAGAUAUACAAUGAAGUGGGUUACAAUCUUAUACCAACAAACGAAGCUAAGAAACUAGAAGACUUGCCCAAAGUGACCAUUCAGGAGGACGACAAUGGAAGUAUGCAUUUGAAAAACCUAAGUGUCCACUUGGUCCAAAGUAAAGAAGAAGCUCUGAACAUACUGUUAAUCGGGGAUACCAAUAGGAUGAUUGCAGAGACGCCUUCAAAUCCCACAUCGACUCGAUCCCAUUGUAUUUUUACUAUCCACGUCACUUCCGGUCGAGGAAGAAACUCCACUGUUAGAAAAUCUAGACUUCAUCUUGUGGAUUUAGCAGGAUCAGAGAGAGUGUGUAAGACUGGAACGACGGGGCUUUUAUUAACAGAAGCUAAAUAUAUAAACCUCUCCUUGCAUUACCUGGAACAAGUGAUCGUAGCUUUAUCUGAGCAACACAGAUCUCACAUUCCGUACCGAAACUCAAUGAUGACGUGUGUUUUACGUGACAGUCUCGGUGGAAACUGUAUGACUAGUAUGAUCGCUACUCUAGCUGUCGAACCCCAGAACUUGGAAGAGUCGAUAUCAACUUGUCGAUUUGCUCAACGAGUUUCCCAAGUGAAAAAUUUAGCUAUCCUAAACGAAGAAAUCGAUCCGAAACUGGAAAUCACCCGACUCCGCCAGGAAAUAGUACAGCUAAAGAAUCAAGUGAUGUCACUAGGGGGAGAAGAUCUGACUGGUCACUUAUCGGACGUAGAUAUUGAAAGUUGCAAUCUUGCUGUUCAGGAAUACCUAAACAAUCCGGACCCCGAAGUCAAGUUGGAUGUUGGAACAGACCUAAGAAACAUCCAGGCCAGUUUUCACAUACUAAAAACCUUAGUAAGAAACCAACAAAUUGAAAGACCAAAAACUGAUGAGGGCCACUGUUGUACUUGUCAAACAUCAACCGACUCUGAAGACAAAGAACGGUUGUUGGAGGAACUAAGGGAUACUGUGAGACGAAGAGACGAUGAAAUUAAUGUUCUCGUUAGCCUUCUAAAAAAAGAAAAGUUUCGGUUGAGAAAGGCUAAUGAACCCCCUCAAGCAAGAGAAGGGAUCAUUUCUGAAGAACGGGCAGUUUCUUCUGUAUCUCCGUUUUUUAUAUCAACAACACCAGAUGGCAGCAUGAAAGAAGCGUUCGCCAUAUUCUGGAGGAAUUAUGGACAAAGUGAAAUGAUCAAAGAAAACCAACAAACAAUCCAACUUCGUUAUAAAGAAGCCAAGAGCUUAGGUCAACAGGUUUACGAGAAUAGCGAUGUCAUAAAACGGAUCAAAUAUUGUAUUCAAGCACUUCGAGAUGGAGAACCACUUCAAGGUACGUCUAUAGAAGAUGAGUAUACAAAUUUGGAGGGAACGGAAAGGAACAUUGUUCCCUUUGUUAAAAUAACUAUCAAUUUCAUCUAUGGUGUUCCUAUAUUCGUGGCAACGAAAAUUAGUACACUAUUUAAUAUUUUAUGUCUAUCUUUAGAUCACGACUCUUUAGCUUUAUUGAAUGAAGAAGCCUUGAGGUCGAGGCUAGAGGACGAGAAGAAAAAAUACAAAGAAAACUUCGCUCGACUGAAAGCUCUCAAAACCGAGACGGAACACUUGCAGAACAUUUUAGAAACAGCUCGCCUUCAGACAAAUAACGACUUUGAAAUCUGGUGGAAAGAUAAGAAAAACGAUGUAAAAUAUGCAAGAGAUACAGAUAUCGAAAUUCUUCACCCACUGGGUCAAUCCCCUUCAUCAUCAAUCUAUUCAAGUAUACCCUUAACAGGAGAUCCUUCUACUGACUUGGAUAUUCUUACUUUUGUCAGGGCAAGGCAGAACAUUCUGAAAAAAGGGAAGUCCGUCAUUGAAUAA